UUCUCAGCUACUUCCUGUCUCAUUGACAGACGAGCCCCACACAGAGGAAACCAGACCCACUGGCUCUUCAUAGAAUCAGCGCCACGAUGACGGACUGACUGAUCCGCUGCCUCGUCCAGAUGUCGAACUCUGGAGCAUGAAUGAAGCAGGUCCAGAAACAGAACGUGCGUCCAUGUCUGCAGAGACAGCCCCCCGCAUCACCUCGUCGGCUGUGGUCCAGUUCCAACUGGGGCUGUUCAGGGACAUGGUUCGAGUCCCGCCCGGAAACCUGAGCUACCGCCACGCUCGCAGACUGGCGGCCGAAGUCAUAGAGAGGAAGGCUCCAGACUGCAGCGUGGUGGGCCCCGGUGAGAAGAUCCUGCUGUUCAGACAUCGACCCGCCUCUGAGCAGCUGCUGCAGCGGCUUACAGACGAGGACGAGCUGCAGGACGGAGACCUCAUCGAGAUCAUUGUUGCAGGAUCGGCUUCUGUGGCUGAGAUGAGGAUGCGUCCUCACUGCCUGGUGGUCCAGUCGUACCGGACCCCCACCUUCUGUCACCACUGUGGGGAGAUGCUGUGGGGCCUCGUGCGACAGGGAUUGAAAUGUGAAGGCUGUGGUUUAGACUUUCACAAACGUUGUGCCUUCCUGUUACCCAAUGACUGCAGUCGAGUUCGACGGCAAGUCAGCACCAGCUUAUCCUUGUUUCCGCCACGUAGACCACGUACGCAUUCGCUGUCCAGUCAGGCUGGAGGCAGUCUGGAGGAGAUCAGCUUGUCGAAGCCCUCAUCCAGGCCUCCGUCGUGGAACGAGCCACCUGUCUGGCUUGGGGACAAGAGCCGCCCUCAGGUCCCCCACACCUUCCACAUCCACAGCUACACCAAACCCACAGUCUGCCAGUACUGCCACCGGCUGCUCAAAGGGCUCUUCAGACAGGGGCUGCAGUGCUCAGACUGCAGGUUUAACUGCCACCGGCGCUGCGAGCCGCUCGUCCCCAGAGACUGUCCAGGAGAGAAGAAGGCAUUCAAUGGGGGUGCGGCCGACCAUAGCUGCCCACCAGAUCCUGAGGACGCUGAGUCCGAGCUCACCAGCCCAACACUAGACACCUCAGAGGACGAGAUGUCCUCCGAUGGAGACUCUCUGCCUGAGAUAGUGGAAGAGGAGCAGCUGAGAGAGCCCAUGAGUCCCUGUUUCAGCAGCAAUAUUCCCCUGAUGAGGCUUGUCCAGUCGGCGCAUCACACUAAGAGGAGAGGAGGAGGAGUCCUGAGAGAAGGCUGGCUGCUGCACAACACCAACACAGACACUCUGAGGAAACGGCAUUACUGGAUCCUGGACUGGAAAACAAUCACUUUGUACCAGAAUGAGAGCAGCACCAAGUAUUACAAGGAGAUCCCUCUGUCUGAGGUGCUGCAGGUGCGUGGCCCCGCCCGGCUCUCCGUGCCCUCGCUGCCAGGCACCGAUAGCCACUCCUUUGAACUGGUCACGGCCUCUCUGGUGUUUUGCGUGCAGGCUGGGGAUGAGGGCGUGGCCUGGGAGAGCUCCAUCUACCAGGCUCUGAUGCCCUUGCAGAGCAGUACGGGACAAGCCGAACAACAACAGGAUAGAGAUCUGCAAAGAGACAACGUGGACAUCAGCUCAGUGUACCAGAUCUUUACGGAUGAAGUCCUCGGGUCGGGGCAGUUUGGAGUGGUGUACAAAGGUACUCACAGGAAGUUGGGCCGGUCAGUCGCCAUCAAAGUCAUCGACAAGACGCGCUUCCCGACCCAACAGGAGAGACAGCUGAGGAACGAGGUGGCCAUCCUGCAGAAUCUCUCCCACCCUGGAGUGGUGGUGCUGGAGGCGAUGUUUGAAACCUGCAGGCAUGUUUUCGUGGUCAUGGAGAAGCUCCAUGGAGACAUGCUGGAGAUGAUCCUGUCCAGCGAGAAGGGCCGGCUCCCUGAACGCAUCACUCGCUUCCUGGUCAUACAGAUUCUCGAGGCUUUGCGGUAUCUCCACCUGAAACACGUGGCCCACUGCGACCUGAAGCCGGAAAAUGUCCUGCUGGUCUCUGCCGACCCUUUCCCUCAGGUGAAGCUGUGCGACUUCGGUUUCGCACGCAUCAUAGGUGAGAAGUCAUUCCGGCGCUCGGUGGUGGGAACCCCGGCCUACCUGGCCCCCGAGGUGAUCAGCAGCAGCGGCUAUAACCGCUCCCUGGACAUGUGGUCCGUGGGCGUCAUCAUGUAUGUGAGCCUGAGCGGGACCUUCCCCUUCAAUGAAGACGAGGACAUCCGACAGCAGAUCACCAACGCUGCUUUCAUGUACCCCCGCCAGCCCUGGUCCACCAUCUCUCUGGAAGCUGUGAGCCUCAUCAGCAACCUGCUGCAGGUGGCAGUGAGACGCAGGUUCACCGUGGGCAAAGCUCUGGGACACUCCUGGCUGCAGAACUUCCAGCUGUGGUGUGACCUUAGGGAGUUCGAGCUGAGGAUGGGCUCCAGGUAUCUGACACAUAAAGGAGACGAGGAGCACUGGAGGAGCUACGCUGAGCAGAGGGGGCUGAGCUUCCCUUCACAUUUCUGCUGGGACCCCGACAAUGAAAUGGAAAUUUGA